AUGUUCAUUGUUUAUCUGGUUUUACAGCACAAGUUGUCUUCAGCAGUGGACAGAGGAGAGAGGACAAAGAAGAGAGGACAGAGGGACAACUCGGACUGGAACACGACUCCAGAAUGUCUCCAGAUCGAAGACACAGAGUGUGACCUCACCCACGAGCUGCUGGACAAAGACAGCUCGUUUACUGCAGAUGUUCUGACUGAGGCAGAAGACUUUGACUCAGAAGAGCUGCCGCACACAAUGUCUGCAACCUUUAACCCCUACAGAGACAGCGAGCUGAGCGCGGUGUCCUUCUCCAUUCACAAGGUGGCAGAGCGCUCCGUCACUCUGAACAUCUCUGACCCUCUGUCGGGGAUCCACCGGGAGGACAAGCAGCUGACCAUCCGGGACAUCCUGAAGAAAGACCUGAAGUACAAGGUGUCCUACUACAAGGCCGGCAGCACGGGCAAGAGAGACCUGGUGGUGGACUCUAACGUGGCCCAGAUCCAGAACCUUGACCCGGGACAGAGCUACUGCUUUAUGGUGGCUGCGUUUGUGCCCAGUCGUGCAAAGUCUGUCCAGCAGGGGGAGUGGAGCACGCAGACCUGCACGCCCGGCUCCGGCAUCCUGGACGAGCUGGACAUGAGGACCGUGUUCCAGGCCAUCUUCAUCCCCCUGGUCCUCCUCAUCAUCACCAUCACAGUGCUGGUGAUCUACUGCCGCUUCUGCCGGAAACACAAGAACCCAAAGCCUCAGGAGAACCAGCAGAGGGCGCAGUGCACUGUAGUGUGA